GGCGGCGGGCCGCGCUCCGCCCCGCGGCCGCCCCGCUCCCGCGUUCAUUUCAUUCCUCCCCUCAUUCCGCGCAUUCCUCGCAUCGCUGGCGCCGCGCAGCCCGGCCGGGAGCCCGGCCCGCCCCGCCGCCGGCCGGGCAGCAACUCAUCCUCCGAGGGCUCCGUCCGCCGGCCCGCGGCAACCUACGGCCGCGGUAUAAAUAGCCGAGCGGCGGAUUAAAAAUAGGCGCGGGGCCAUAAAUAGCCGGGGCGGCCCGGGGGCGGCGGGCGAAGUUUUGCCGUCGGAGCGCGGCGCGCUGGCGGUGCGCGGAGGGGCCCGCGGCGCGGAGAGCUGCUGCCGCUGCUGCCGCCGCUGCUGGUUAAUUGCACAUUCAAGUGGAAAAUUUUCGGGAGUCAGCAGAAACGCUGUAUCCAAAAAAGACAAAGUCGCAGUUACAGCAACACGGAGGAGAUUGUCCCUGGAAAACUUCCUUUCGGUUUAUUCCCUUGAAGACUCCAGGCUUAGGCUUGGAGACGCCAGCCAUCACCAUUGAGCCCAGCAGCUGGAGCGGCAGCGAGAGUCCUGCCGAAGAUAUUGAAAGAAUGAGUGAUUCUGCAGAUAAACCUAUUGACAACGAUGCAGAAGGUGUCUGGAGUCCUGACAUUGAACAGAGCUUUCAGGAGGCUCUAGCUAUCUAUCCACCGUGUGGGAGGAGGAAAAUCAUCUUAUCAGAUGAAGGCAAAAUGUAUGGUAGGAAUGAAUUGAUAGCCAGAUACAUCAAACUUAGAACAGGGAAGACACGGACCAGGAAGCAGGUGUCUAGUCACAUACAGGUCUUAGCAAGAAAGAAAGUUCGAGAAAUUCAAGCCGCCAUUAAGGUGUCUAGUCACAUUCAGGUUCUUGCCAGAAGGAAAUCUCGUGAUUUUCAUUCCAAGCUGAAGGUAACAAGCAUGGAUCAGACAGCAAAGGACAAAGCACUCCAGCACAUGGCAGCAAUGUCAUCAGCUCAGAUAGUCUCUGCUACUGCUAUUCACAACAAGCUGGGCCUGCCAGGAAUUCCCCGUCCUACAUUUCCUGGGGCACCUGGGUUUUGGCCGGGCAUGAUUCAAACGGGGCAGCCUGGAUCCUCGCAAGACGUCAAGCCAUUCGUUCAGCAGGCCUAUCCUAUACAGCCAUCAGUCACAGCUCCCAUUUCAGGCUUUGAGCCCACAUCAGCUCCAGCUCCCUCGGUCCCUGCGUGGCAGGGCCGAUCGAUUGGUACGACCAAGCUCAGGCUGGUGGAGUUUUCAGCUUUCCUUGAGCAGCAGAGGGAUCCUGAAUCAUACAAUAAACACCUCUUCGUGCACAUUGGACACGCCAACCACUCUUACAGCGACCCCUUGCUCGAGUCGGUGGACAUCCGUCAGAUCUACGACAAGUUUCCCGAGAAGAAGGGCGGCCUGAAGGAGCUCUUUGGGAAGGGGCCUCAAAACGCUUUCUUCCUCGUAAAGUUCUGGGCUGACUUAAACUGCAACAUCCAGGAUGAUACAGGAGCGUUUUACGGAGUCACCAGUCAGUAUGAGAGCUCAGAAAACAUGACAAUCACCUGUUCCACCAAAGUCUGCUCAUUUGGAAAGCAAGUAGUAGAAAAAGUAGAGACUGAAUAUGCAAGGUUUGAGAAUGGCCGGUUUGUGUACAGGAUAAAUCGCUCUCCGAUGUGUGAAUACAUGAUCAACUUCAUACACAAGCUGAAGCAUUUACCAGAGAAAUACAUGAUGAACAGCGUCUUGGAAAACUUCACAAUUCUAUUGGUGGUAACAAACAGGGAUACGCAAGAAACCCUGCUCUGCAUGGCUUGUGUGUUCGAAGUGUCGAACAGCGAACACGGAGCACAGCAUCACAUCUACAGGCUUGUAAAGGACUGAGCAGUUAUUUAUAUAUACACUUCAUUUCACUUCUUUAUCAAAACACAGACUGUAAACCUCAACACUAAGUGGCAGUGCCUCUGGCCCAACUUUCACCCACAUUUUUCUAAAUCCUGUUUUAGUGAAGUCAUUUUUAAUGUGUUCAUAUAUAAUUGUAGCUGUGAAAUUCUGGUACAGUUGUAAAAAUUAUUUCUAAAACUAAGUGUUCUUCAAAUUUGUAAACCACAGUUCUUUGGGAAGACUGUAUUUAAGAACCUAACGCCUCUGUCUGUGGAGGCCUAUUUUUAAUUCUGAUAGAAAAAUGUAUGACAGAGCAUUUGCCAUGGGGAAAAACUGACAGCAUUUAUAAGAAUUUAUUUUGGGUUUUUUUCCAACAUGAAAUACUUGUUUUACAAUGCAAGUGGAAUUGAAAUGAAUCUUUAGCUAUAACUGUAAAUGAGUACACAAAGUUAAUAAUCUCUAUAGAGUUAUCUUUGUAACUAAUUAGGGUGGAAGAUAUGGACGAAUGUAAUUCACUAAAUUAUUUUUUAAAAUGAAACAUUUUUCUGUUUGAAACCAAAUGAAAAAUAUAGCCUUAAGAAAUGCCUGAUAGAAACAGACAGGUCCUAAAAUUAGGCAAAUUUUGUAUUUUUUUCUCAACGCUAAAACUAAUCUUCUAAUCCAUUGAACUUUCAAACAGGUAUUGCAGAGAAAGAAAAUUUCACCCCCUACCCCUAACAUAUCUAGUGUAUUUUAAAAGAGUAUAAAGUUGUAUUGUACUAAUAUGAAAAUUUGAUUAUUUAAUGAUAAAGACGGCUCAUUUUGCAAUAAGUAGGUAAAUACUGAAGAUUUAGACUUGCAUUAUAUGUAGUCUCGUGUGUGCGGUUAUAUUUUAUAUGGACAACUAUGUUUUCUAAUAAGUUGAGCAAAAAACUUGCAACUCUGAAAUCAAGAGAUGAACGGAAACAGCUGACAUUGCGACAGCACCGAGUCACUCACAAACAGAGAGCAGAACACUGAUGUGUUUGAACGAAGAGUGUGUACACACCUCUGAAAGGAUCAGCAGCUUUAAUAUCUGUGAGACGCUAGAAAAUCACAACCAACAUCAGGCAAAGAAGAUUGGAAAGCGGAGAAAUGUUUUUUUUCUCCUUUUCCUCUCAAUCAUGGUGCUUUUAUGCCUCUCCCAGUUGUCUCCCCAGGUCUGGCAGAGACCUUAUCCGAAACAAACACACACCUACCACAUGGGAUCUGCUGUCCUCUUGGAUGUGGUAGUGUUCAUCCUUCUGAUAAGUUCAGGGAAGACUCCAGGAAGUGAAGCACAGCUGGAGGUAUUUUAACACUGUAAGGCUUUGCACCACGGCCACGGGUGUGAGUGAUUGUCUGGGGUCUGCACUCGAGAGAGCAGCAGUCUCACCCCUCCCGUGCAGGACAGAGGGUGGUGCUCAGCUCCUCUCCUCCUGCUGCCCCUCGUUGCCCAAGCAGAAGUUGUUUGGGCAGGUGCUGGGCCAGCAGAGGCUUCUCAGGCAAAACAUUUGUCUGAAAGGCUGACCAAGCACAAGCCACCUUAGGGAUCAGUGAUGAGUUAUCGGCAAAGAGGCUUCUUAGGAGAGCCUAUUUGCAGUCCUGGCUCAAAGUUCACGUUUAGCAGGGCCCUCUUGUUUAGCAGGCCCCUCCUCCCUACCCCUUAUGAUAUGUUCCUGUAGUAUCAUACUUUCUCCUCGUUACCAAAAGUCAAUUUAAUGCAAAACCAGCACAGUUCCCAUGCACAAUUUAACCGUAGCAUUUACUUCCAGGCCCAGUGCUGUAGUCUUCAAACAAGCAAGUCCAAUUAUUUUCUUUAAACUACAUUCCUGCAUAGUCCUUUCUGUUAGAAUUGCCCACUGUUGAGAUGUCUGGACUAGACUAGAGCUUAUGUCUGGACUAGACUAGAGCCUAGGCAAGGUAGUGGGUCCAACCAGGAUCACCCUUAAGGCUGGUGAGGUCUCGGGUGCGAGGAGGGUGCAGACAUCACCGAGGGGAAGGGAGACUGCUUUAGCCCCUCAGCCUGAUCUGACUCCAUGAGGUGGAAGGUUUGGAUGGUUGCUAAGAUGUCUAGCUGCUUGUGGAUAUUAGGGCUGAUGAUCUUUCAGCUGAUACUCUGCGAAGUGAACAGAGAAACGUGUCCAUGGCAAGGUCUCUUUUAGCGCUCAUUUUGAACACUAACGAUCACGUCAGGAAAAGCACUGCAUUGUAACAGCCUAACGGUAGCCCUUUAUUCUAAGCACUUGGUGUUACAAGUCAAAAACUACUUUUUGGUUUUUGUUCUAAAGUUGUCUUUUAUUUAGGGUUUGAAUUGUGGGUUUGGUGAUUUUUUUUUUUUUUAAUAACAAGCAAACUCUUUAAGGCAUAUAAAGUAUGUAAGUCAAUUUGCAAAACCAGGUACAGUUUUUUUUAGUAGGAUCUGGCACACUACACAUGCCAUAACUAUAGGGUAUAAACAGUCACAAUGUUUAUUGGUGUUCACAUAUGUAAUGUUAGGGAAACUACUUCCAUCGUCUUUUCUUUACACUUCUGUAAAUGAUCCAUACCCUGUAUAUGUUAAUUCUUAAAAGCCUUAAUCCUUCAACUGUUGAGUGUGGGGUGUGUAGUCCAACAGGCUGCCUGUAAACUGUGAGCUCUUUUGUAAGCUGGAAGUACUUAUCUUGUUACUGUUACUUUUUUGUAGGAACCUUUUAAUUGAGAGCUGCCAAAGCAUUACAAUAUGCAGUGCCUUAGCAUUAUAUUAGAAGUACCUUCUAGCCUCUUAACAUUAAAUUUUAUACAUUGUUUUAUUAAUUGGUUCCAUUUUUAAACUACCCGUGUUUUUCCCCCGCAGAAACGCUCUUUGACUGCUUGGUCUAAACCAGCUGUCUGUACAAGUCAGUCCCAUUGCAGUGAGAUGCCUAUACCAAAAGGAAAGGUGACAGAUCCCUAGUUCUCCGUGAAAAGUGAAUUGUAUUAACGAAUGCUGCCUUUUUAAAUUUCAUGACCAAAUAAUUAAUUGUGACUCUUCUGCACUCUAGCAUGAAAGUGCCUUUGGUUUGAAAUUCCAGCUUAGAAAAGUGCUGCCAUAAUAAUGACAAUUUGUAGAGAGACCAAAAAUAUUUAGUUAUCACCGUAAUGCCUUUGGUUUAUUGGAAUAAGUUGAAUCUACAGGCCUCCAUUCACAAAAGAGCACCAUUCAUAGCAAAGGGAUUUUGCUAAUGAUCAGCCUGCUGAAGAAAAAUCUACUGUUUGCCAUUUCUGACAGCAUUGCAAACCAGCAACUGAUUCAUCUGUGAUAUAGAAAUGAAAAUAUUCCCAUUUAUAUCCUCUUCAUCCGGUCACGCAUCUGCAUAAUGAGAGAUCCGUAUCCUACAGAAUUUCAGUGGACAAACAUGGCUCCAUCGAUCUCCUCUAAUAACAUUUUGGUAUCUGUGAAGAUUCUUUGCUUAGACAGAAGAUUUUGUUUACAAAGUUGUGCAUGCUGAAGGUCAGAGGCAUCAAACAAGAGGAGCGUGGAGAACUGAGCAUAGCGAGGGUAAAUGCAAUCGUGUGGGUUUAAGCAUUGAAAUGUUGAGUGUGAGCAUUGUGGAUGAAGGUGCUGGUGGGGAAACUGGCCAGCACGACUCAAAACACAGGGUUGUUUCGUUUUCCUCCCAGAUGAUGUCUUAGGAAGAAAAAAAAAAAAGAAUUAGCUCCUCUUAGUAACGUGUCUGUGUUUGAUGCCUUCUGUGAACGGGGGCCAUAGUCUCCACCACAACUGAAGUCAAUGGAAAGAGGAGCAACAUUUUAACAGUUUUAGAAAGAACAAAUAUCAGCAAAACCAAAAGCUGUCAGAGGGAUUAUAUAGUUGUGAAUACAAUGUUAACUUGACUUUUAAAGUAUUUGAUGAAAACUAAGAUUAACUUUUUAUAUAGAGAAAUAUUGUGACACUGUGUGGUAAAUAUUGUGAUAAUUCAAAUUCCCUUUCUCUAAAAUAUUAUUUUUGUUAUUCCUUCAAGGUUGAAAUCUCACUUACCUCUAUAAGACAAGUAAUCCUAUUGAACUCAAUGAGACUGAGGUAGGGCAAAGACACUUCUGGCAAAAAGCAGAACAUACUUUUUCAGUUAUUGCCAAACAUUUUGGCUGUACUAGUCAAUGUUUUUGAUAAACUACACCUCUGUCUCAUUCAAACAAGCAUAAUGGUACCAUUUGGGGCUGUUAAAAAUUACUACUAACAAAUGUAGUUUUACUUACUUGAAUUCCAAACCGAUUUUGUUUAGGUACUGCACCACUAUUUUGAAGGAAUCGCAGAUCCAAUGCCUGUUUCUCACUUUCCCUCUCCACCACAGCUACAGCUCAGCUUGGCAGUAGCCUGUCCCUGGGGCCCCCAGGGGACGGGCUGCUGGGAAUAAUGAAGGGUGUACAUUAAUGUUGAAUGUAAGUAACUGGCCAGUGCGAGGCAGAUACGACAUUUGACGCGCUGAUCCGUAUCUAUUUAUUUCUCCGUGCCCCGGGGCGUGCCUGCUGCCCGAAGCCGUGCCCCGGGGAGGUUCCUGGAGCCCUCAGUGGGUCACACUGAGGGCCCCCAUGUUGUCCCCCCUUUCCUUUUCCCGUGAGGAUACACGUGCCUGGGCACAGGCGGAUGUGAGGAGUAGAGCCCGGCUUUGUCCUUUGCUCAGGAUGAUCUCCUUUCCCCCUCUGAUCUUUCAUAACCAGAUGUUUAGCUCCCCCCAAGAAAGAUUGAGGCUGGAUAAGUCAAAGUACAAGAAACACUCUGGAUAUCUUCACCUUUUAACUUUUCAGGUCAUUCUUGCUGAGAUCAUGUAAUUAGUUUUAGUGUGUAAAUUAAAUCUUAAAUGCACUCAGUUGACUAAAAGGAGAUGGAUCCCUGUUACCUCCUUACAGAAUAUGUGUUUUUGUUUUAUUUUUGUUUUGUUUUAUGGGCCUCUGAUUCAGGCUCAUGACUGCAGACAAAAAAUACAAUAUGUGCCUGAAAAAAAAAAAAAGACAAAAGAAUUUUAUAACAUUGAAAACCUGAAUAGCCUUUAAUUCUUCAGUACAUUUUAUGUAAAACAGGUUGGGUUUUUGUUUUGUUUUGGGGUUUUUUUGCCAUGUGCAUUUGUUCACAUUUGUAAAUGACUUAAUGGAAUUCUCACUUUAUGUUUAUUUGUGUAAUGUGUAUAAAAUGGGUUUGUGACUUAAGCAUAUUCAUAUAUGGUCAGUGGUUACUUUAAUAUUGUACUGCUGCUGGUAACUUUUGAUGUAGAACUUGCCUUUUGAUGAUAAAGUACCUCUAGGCUAGACAGUGAGGGAAGGCUCUUGGAAAAAAACUGAAUGUUCUCCAAUGUUUUCUUAACAUAUUUGCAGAAGCUUUCAAAAGGAGUUUCAGUCAAACCUCUUGGCAGUACAGUAUUCUUGUAUUUGUUAUUGUCUGUGUGUAGGUACUGGUACCUUUUUUUUUGUUUAAAAUGUUUUAAGUGUUGGCUUUAAAGUGAAUUUAUCUUUAGUAUGAUAGUAAUAUGAAAAUUAUAGGUUUUGUGUGCAGAGAAUUUUUUUAUAAAGUGCUUUGUAAAAAAAAAAAAAUGUAUUCUAGCUUUCGCGGUACAUAUGUGUGAUAACUUUAAUAUCCAUGACAGUUAAGUGCAAUUAUUUCAUCACUCUAAAAAUGCUAUUUUUGUGUCGGUUACUGCAGGUGUUUUCAUGUCUUUGCAAAGUGACACAUUUUGAUGCCUUCUUGAUAAAGUGGUAGAAUUUUUGUAGCUUUCUAGAAACUUUGUAUUCAUACAGUAUCAAUUGAAAAUAAAGAAAAUGAAAGUGUUUUGUG